CCCUGCGCUGCUGAGGCUGUGUGACUGCAUUGUGUGGGUGCAUAGGUGCGCAACUGCGCUGUGACAAUGUAACCUAAAAAUUAAAACCGAUAACCACAUAUUCCGUAAAGUGAUGAUAUAUUACAAAAAAAAUAGAUAAAAAAAUAGGAAAUACUCAAAAUGAAGAAUGUUUUAAGGUGUUUUGGUUCAAAUUUAACAUUAAACUGUAAUAGAAGUAAAGUGUGUCAACUAUCCUGCGAGAAAUAUUCAACAGCAGCGGCUUUUAAAACUGAAUCGAGAGAGAGGAGAGAAAAACAUCCUUAUAAAAAGAUUCAUCCCUGGAAAUCUUUUAAAGCGUUUUCAGAAUCUUUGGUUGAAAACGUUAUUUACAAUAAGAAUGGUUUGGUUGCGCUAAAUAAACCUUAUGGAAUUGCAUCCAGAGAAAAAGAUGUUAAUAAUACAAAAGUUCCCUACCAAAAAGAAAGCCUUAACAAAAUAUCUGGCGCAGUGGACUAUGCAGUUUCGAAUGCCUUACCAUUUAUUGCAGACAGGCUCGGUUAUGCUAAUCUAAACAUUGUCAGGUCACCCGAGAGGUUUAUGAGUGGCGUUAUGCUUCUCGCAGCAGACGAGUCUGUGGAAAAAGCUAUAAUUAAAUCACAAAACCGAGCAAUGGGAUUUAAAAAAAUUCCAAAAACCUACUGGAUAGUCACAACAAGGCUUCCAAAAGACACAAACGGUAUCAAAAACGUGGCGUUAAAGUUACACAAGAGUCCGUGCAAAAAGUUCGAAAGGCCUGUCAUCCAUGAAAAAUGGUCCAACACGCAAGAAAAGAAGGGUGAAAUAAAGGUCUUGAAUGUCGAGUACAACCUCCUUUCAAAUUCGAUAGAUAAUCUCAGUGCCUUAAUCGAAAUCAAAUCAUCGACAACAAAGUGGCAUGCGAUCAGAUUAUUCGCAGCAACUAACCUCUUAAGUCCGAUUCUAGGUGACAGAAUUCAUGCAGAGAGAAUACAGAACAUUAUGGGAACUUUGAUGAAAGUAAAUCCCUUCGUGGCCGCGGUCGACAGGCCUCCAAGAAUGAAUAAGAAGCUCUUAACUCACCUUAAUUUGUCAACGGAGAUGCAGGAUAUUAUCCCUGUACACAUUCACUUGAAGCGCAUUGAACUUUCCUGGUAUUUCGGAAAGAACAAAGACCUGCUGAUCGAAGCUCCAUUAACACCUGAAUUUUCGUGGACAUGUCAAGCCUUGAAUUUCGAAUUGCCUAGAGAGAGUAAUUUUAGUGUGGAGAACGUCAGUACUGAGGGACAAGAACAGCAAUUUGUACAGAUUUCUCAAUAAAUUUUUAAGUUUUAA